GUUGUAAAGUAAAAUUAGGAAAUUGGGCUUGGUAGGGUUUAGGAUAGGGACGUCCCAAGGAUAUCGGAUUGCAGUGAUGAUACCUUCCGGUUUUCACGACCAUAGCCACAAUGUCAAAAUUGGCUAUCGUACAAAUUUGUAAAAACAAAAAUGUGCUUUUUGGUCAUACUUUAAGGUUGGAGUUAGGCAUAAGGUUAGCAGUUUGGUUAGUGUUAAGGUUAGAGUUAGGUUUCAAAUCGGAUUUUAAGAUUAACAUUUUACCAAUAGGCGGGGUUUAUGACUUUGUGUCUGUGGUAACUCAUUCUUCCGUACCUAGAUAGUUUGCUUGAUUUGCAGCAGGCUUCGCUUUCAGUCUUGCUGAUAAUGUGCAUACUUACUAGUUAUGUUCAUAUAGGGAUGUAUCUUGCUAAUUCUAUCAUAGUUCUAAAAUGUAGAUAUCACACCUUUCGUAUGCGUCGCGAAAUAUCCAAAAAUAUAUUAUGAGAGCUUGCCUAAGCUACCCACAAACAUUUUCACACUAUUCUGCCUCCACAUUUUUGGCGCCUUGGCGAUUCGCCCAACGAAAAGCAGCUGUACUAGUCUUCUCGUACAGAAAGACUAAAAACCAUCUACACAGAUUGUCAUCUGCAUGGCCAGUGAGUCUGCUCUCACUCUGCCCUCUGGCACUUUGUAGGCAUAUGAGAAAUUGCCUGGAGGUUCUGGUCAACUGUUAAGUGGCACCACCUGACAGAGCGGGGAUGAGCCCUCAGGAUGUGCUAGCAACCCAGACCUGGCUCCAGUCCUCUUGGCAGAUCCAGGUGCCUUUCUCCUGGCUAGAGGCAUGUGUGGAGUGGCUGCAGCAGGAAGGGGGAGGUGCCCCCCUGCCUCAACACCAGCUUAAUCAGCAGGUCCUGGAUCAGUGGCUGCUGACCGACCUACGUGACCUGGCCCACUCUGUGCUCCCUGCAGGGCUAUAUCAGGCCCAGAAGUCGGAGCUCAGCGGCAGCUUCUGCGUGCAGCUGGACUCCCUACUGGACAUUAGCCAGCCUGCCUAUGGCCAGCUUCAGGGCUGGAGGGGCACUGACUGCACCAACGAGGCUGUGUCAGCCAUCACCCAGGCCACCCAGCGGACCUGGGAGGCCAAACCCACACGCAUGCUGCUGCUGCAGCUCACUGAUGGUGUGCAGACCCUGGAUGCCAUGGAGUACCAGCCCAUCCCUGCACUCAGCACCACCCUCAAGCCAGGAGUCAAACUGCAGCUGCAGGGCCAAAUAACCUGCCGGCUAGGGGUGCUACUGCUGAAGCCAGGCAACGUAAAGGUGCUGGGAGGGGAGGUGGAGGAGCUGGGUGAGAGGCACUCUCAAGUGAAGGUGCUAUGCAGGGCUCUGGGACUGCCUGAGGAGGAGCCACAGGGUCCGGCUGAGCAGCCAGAGGUCCCACAACCAGUUAACCAGCAGGCUGACAACCAGGAAUCAGACGACCUAGAGCUGCUGGCCAACCUGGAGACCCAGGAGAGGCAGGUGGGGUGGAGUGUGGAACCCAGUCUUGAGAGUGGCUACAGGACCCGCAGUGAGGAAUCCUCUGCCUCUUACAGAAAUGCCUCGUUGCAGAGUCGGCACAUUGAAAGCCUUGCAGAUUCUCUACUCGUAACCUCUUCAUCCCAUGAGGUCAUUGAACUGGACAAUUUGGACAUCCCAGAUGAGGACUUUGAUGACCUUCCCCUGGAUGAGCUUGAUGGUAUGAUUUUCCAGGAGAGCCCAAUCCAACUGACAAACGGGAGGGAUAAUCAAAGAGACAACCUGAGGAGAAGGCAGGAAGAAGUAUCUAACCACUACGAUGACAUGAGAAACGAAAGCCAUUUUGACUCCCUUGAUGAGAGGGAUGAUCCUGUUUUGGACGAGGACAUGAACUGCUUCUUCCCACCAGAGCCAAAAGCUCCUAGACAUGAGCAAAGACGAGAUAGUACCUGCGUCAGAGAACUGGGAACAGGCCAGCCCUAUGUGGCAGGAGCAGAGAGGCUCUCAACCAAAAUCCCAGAGAGUGCGGCGACUGUGACGCUCGAUUCAUCCCCGUUUACGUACCUGUGUUUGCUGCAACAGGUUGCUGCGGGCGCCUCAGGCCUGCUGGAGUGCAUGAGUGAGGUGUGCGUGAAAGCCUUCAUCGUCACCCUGCAAGGGAACCUCAAAUGCAGUAAGGGGGAGUGGCUGGUCAGCGCCUCCAUCUCUGAUGGAACUGGUUACAUGGAUGUUCACCUCUCAGACCAGGUUCUGACGGGCCUGCUGGGGUUCUCAGCGGUUGAGAAGUCGAAGUUAGACCCAGCCCGGAAGGACGCAGGGAUGAAGGCGUGUCAGCAGGGCCUGGUGGACAUGUGUUGCGUAAUGACUCUGAGGUUGGACCCUGCCGGUGGGAAGGCUGUGGUCCUCAAGGCUGAUGCAGUCACAGAGGAGGACUUCCGAGCCCUGGAGGAGAGGGUGAAAGGCAGGCGUGGGCAGGAGGACUCUGGGACAUGGACCAGUGAAGGCUGCUGAGGGGAGUACGGCUCAUAAUAAUGGCUGGAAUGGAGUGAAUGAAAUGGCAUCGAAUGUAUGGAAGCCAUGUGUUUGUAUUUGAUACCAUGCCACUUAUUCCACUCCAGCGAUAACCAUGAGACCGUCCUCCCCAAUUAAGGUGCCACCAACCUUCUGUGAUGUGGGCUAUGGAGGACUGCUUUGGGGAAUUCUGGGUUGUGAUGACUGCCUUGGAUGUAAGUGGAUUUCCAGCUCUCUGGUCCACUGUCAUGCUUUACGGUGUCUCUGUUGUAAAACUUAAUUCAUGCAGCCAUUAGGCUACUAUGUUCAAGUGCAACAAUGUUAAUAAAUAUAAAUUAUUUUUA